UCUGGUUGGAUCCUCACUGCUGCGGCUAACGCUUCACUGAGGAGGAAGAAGAAAACGACGAACUUCCUGUUGGAUGAAACCAAAAACAGGAAGGAUGGAGCAGAUAAACUGAAGGAUCCAGAGGGUUAUUUAUCACGAACUGAUAAAAACCUCACUGCAGGUCUUCCAAUGUCCUACUGGGUCUGCUGCAACUCCUGCUUUCUUUGCCCGAGUCCUGAGCGCAAACUGGCGGUGACGUCCUGCGGCCAUGUCAUCUGCAGCGGCUGCUACCAGAAAGGCAGCCAUGGCCGCUGUUUGAUAUGCAGCAGCCAGUGCCAGGUUUCUCCUCUUUCUGACAAAAGCAGCUCAGACGUGAAGGCUUUGUUUUCUGACGUCGGCGUUGUGGCAACCAGACAUCUGACAGAGAUCAGCAAAGCCCGACAUCAGAAGAGGUUGCUCAACUACUACAAGCAAAAGAAUCAUAAACUAGAAGACAUGUUGGUCACUUUAAAGCAAGAAAUGCAGCAGAUGGGGAAGAAGCUGAAUGAUCAGAGGACUUACAUUGCUAAGCUGGAAAACUCUCUCCAGCACCACAGUUUAAAAGCUCCGUCUCCAGUCAGCAGCAGUCCUCACGGCCCGCAUGGAAGCAAAUCAGUGCUUCAGAUUCCAUACGAGUCUCCCGUGUUCCUCCCAUGUCACGCUUCAGCAACCAACAUCAGCCAAAGCCUGGAGCUGGAUGGAAGGAGUCUGUUCAGGAAACCCAUUUCUGCGCCCAGACUGUCGGUGAUGAAGGCGCUGCCAGAGGGACGAUCAGAACUGGCCACCCACAGGUCCUACAGCCAGAACCCACUGACCUCCCACUCUGCUCACUCAGCCACCGUCAGCCGUUUUUCUCCCUCCACUCCAGAGUCGUACGGUCAGAGUUCAGCCUGGAAGUCGCCCCAACUCAAAGCUUUGUCCUCCUUCAGGCGCUCUGCGUCCUUCCUGGGGUUUCCCCCUCCUUAACGCUGCUGCUUGGAGGACUGAUGAGGCACAUGAAGGUGUUAAAUGUGCAGCUUCAACAGGCAAUGAGAGACAAACUGCUCUUUUCUGUCAAACUGUAAAUGAAAUAAAUUGGUGAACGAG